UUUUCUUUCUUUUUUCGUUUCGAUUUCUUUCAUUGUUUCAAUGAACUAAACUUCUGCGCGCUAUUUCCGACUGGGUUAUAUGCGCAAGUGAUCUUAGAGGCGUUUUUCCAAACGAUAAGCCAUACAAAUUUGCAACUGGUUGCCGGCUUCAGCGACAGUGAAUUUUCCUUUCCACCAUGUUUAAGCCACAGAAAUUAUCCAGCUCCAUUAGAGCAACUCUGAAAAAUUUAAAUAGGUCCAUGUCCAAAAUUCCCAUAAGGAAGGAUACUGCAACCAGUCCUCUUUACAAUCUCACCACAGAAGAUUGUAUAGACCGGGAGUCGAAAUAUGGAGCUCACAAUUACCAUCCAAUUCCCGUGGUUCUUCACAAAGGAAAAGGUGUGCAUGUGUGGGACGUUGACGGAAAAAAGUAUUUUGAUUUUUUGAGUGCUUACAGUGCUGUGAAUCAAGGUCACUGUCACCCGAAAAUUAUCCAAGCUUUACGCGAGCAAGCUGAUCUUAUUACUCUGACCUCCAGGGCAUUCCACGCCUCGAUUCUAGGGGAGUACGAAGAAUAUGUAACCAAAAAAUUCGGAUAUGAUAAAGUCCUUCCUAUGAACACCGGUGUUGAAGCUGGUGAAACAGCGUGUAAACUAGCCAGAAGGUGGGGUUACGAUGUAAAAGGCAUUCCAAAGGACCAAGCAAAGAUAAUAUUCGCCGAAGGAAAUUUCUGGGGGCGUACCUUAGCAGCCGUUUCGAGUUCAACUGACCCCAGCAGUUAUGAAGGAUUUGGACCCCGUAUGCCUAAUUUUGAGUUGGUGCCUUACAAUGAUUUAAAUGCUUUGGAGGAGAGACUAGCAGACAACAAUGUUUGUGCCUUCAUGGUUGAACCAAUUCAAGGAGAAGCCGGUGUUGUUGUACCUGACCAUGGAUAUUUGUCUCGAGUGCGGGAGUUGUGUACGAAAUACAACGUACUUUGGAUCGCUGAUGAAAUUCAAACUGGAUUGUGCCGUACAGGAAAGUGGCUGUGUGUUGACCAUGAAAAUGUCAAACCAGAUAUGUUGUUAUUAGGCAAAGCUUUAUCUGGUGGAGUAUAUCCAGUUUCAGCUGUUUUGGCCAAUGAUCCCGUGAUGCUGGUGAUUAAACCUGGGGAACAUGGUUCGACCUACGGUGGAAAUCCCUUGGCCUGUAAAGUUGCAAUAGCAGCGUUAGAGGUCCUGGAAGAAGAGAGAUUAGCAGACAACGCAGAACAGCAGGGAAAAUUCCUUCGCCAAGAACUCGAAAGAUUGCCUUCGGACAAAGUUUUACUUGUCAGAGGAAAGGGAUUGUUGAAUGCCAUCGUAGUGAAUGAAGAAUUGGAUGCCUGGGAUAUUUGCCUCAAAUUAAAAGACAAUGGACUAUUGGCAAAGCCAACCCAUGGAGAUAAAAUUCGAUUUGCACCUCCUUUGACGAUCAGCGACAAAGAAAUGACGCAGUGCAUUGAAAUUAUUCACAAAACGAUCAAGGCCCUUUAAAACGAUUUAUAUAUGUACGCACAGUAUCUGUGUUAGUAUUGGAAAAUUGAUUUUUAUUGUUUGAGAAAUUUAUUUUGUACAGAAUAAAAAUUUGACUUUGCUUCA